CGCAUGUUUCCGUACAGACUAACGGGAGGCAGGUCUUCAUCCGCUGCACAGGCUCAUGUUCAGCGGGAAGAAGCGACGGUUUGCAAGAUAAAAUUAAAUAAAAUAAAAUAAAAAAUGCGAAAGGGGCUUCAGAUCGACAAAGCAGGCGACACCAUGAGCAAAGUGCACGGCGGGAUGAAAUGCGUGAAAUAUCUGCUGUUCGUCUUCAACUUCAUCUUUUGGUUGUCGGGCUUGUUGGUGCUGGCCGUGGGACUGUGGCUGAGGUUCGACCCGAACACAGUGGACCUCCUGACAGGCGAUGGCGCUCCUAAAACCUUCUUCAUUGCUAUUUACAUCCUUCUCAGCGCAGGAGGCCUGAUGAUGGUUGUCGGGUUCUUCGGGUUCUUCGGAGCCAUGCGGGAGUCUCAGUGUCUUCUUGCAUCGUUCUUCGCCUGCCUUCUGAUCAUCUUUGGAGCAGAGAUCACUGCUGGUGUGUUCGGAUUCUUGAACAAGGAAGAGAUUGCUGAGGAAAUCCAGAGGUUUUAUAAGGACUCCAUUGCUGAAGACAAUCCUAAUGGCACUGCCAUAGCAGUACUUUACCACAAACAUCUGAAUUGCUGCUCUUCGGAAAAUAGUCAAGUGUUGUGUGAAGACUCACCAGAGGAAAGAAUGGACUGUCUUACUGCAAUAGCAAACUUCGUUGACGAGAAGCUGUACAUCGUCGGAUAUAUAGGGAUUGGCAUCGCCGGAGUAAUGAUAAUUGGAAUGGUCUUCAGCAUGGUCCUGUGUUGUGCCAUCAGGAACAGUAGAGAAGUCAUAUAGGUGACGGGAUGACUCCACCCACCCAGCAACAACCGGACCCCUACACCCGCGUACAACCCUUUAUAAUCAAUGUAUCCGUAUGGGUAGAGCAGCUCCACGGCUGCACUUCAGCGACGCUCCUUUUUAGAUCAGACCGAAGAGGGUGGGGAGGGUUAACUGCACAAACUGCAUUAAACACAACACGCUGGAUCAUUUCAAACCUUCCCUGUGACUCUACCAUUCCACAAACACUGACUUAUUCCUUUUUUUUUGUUUUCCAUCCUUAAUGCUUCAGUUUUUAGCGCGCCGUUACAACAUCCCUGGCUUCUACCAUGUUUUUUUGUUAGGCUGCUGGUGCUCGGCAGAGUUUUGUCGUACCGCUCCGCAGCUGUGACACAACACACAAGGCCUUCUGUGACACGGGAAUGUUGUGAUGGAGGAGUAUUGCUGUAAAUACUUUACACGGUUGCGUUUGACACUAGUUAUCCUGUGCAUAUAUUUGCUUGUUGGUCCUAAUUCUCGUCAUACUUUGCGUGUUUAAGAGUUUUGAGGGCUAGCCUACUUUUGCGGAGUGAAUUUCCAUGACGUGCCUACUUGGACCUUUGAAGUCAUAGUCGGACCUCCAACUACUGAAUGAUGUGUGUUUUAUUUUUUUGGAUAUUUAAUUUGUAAAUAACUUUGCUUACUCUCUGCCUCCACUUUCAAGUAUUUCUACUGUAAAGCACGAAUGAAAACUCAAAUCCGUAUGGGAGGUCUGAUGCUCCCCUUUUGUAAAUCUACAGAUUCCUCUGAGGUCAGUAAUGUGUUGUGCGGAGCUCUUCUUGAGCAUGUUUAAACUGUAACUGUGCGCUAGUUUGCAUUUUGUGGAUGUAAAUGUAAAAUUUUGUUCGGGUGUGUCAAAAAGAUGUGAAAAUAGACGAUAAUAUAGUUUGUUCUGUUAAUGAUAAUAAAACAUACUGGGUGCUUUUA